ACCGUGUCGGAAGUGGACCACAGAUUAAUUUCGUCACUUCCGGUAAACUGAUGUUUCUUUUUCCUCCCUUUGUGAGCUCAAUAUGUGAAUGUUAUUAUCCUGGUAAAGACAAGAGAAGAGUGAAGUGUUCCCGGCACUGAUAGGUGCACUGAAGAAUAACAGACCAAACAGCCAAUCAGCAGCAGCAUGUCUGUAGAUCUGGACCUGUCCCCUCCAGAGGUCCCUGAGCCCACCUUCCUAGAAAGCCUACUGCGCUAUGGACUGUUUCUGGGUGCCAUCUUCCAGCUCAUCUGCAUCCUGGCUGUCCUCAUCCCCACAUCUAAGGGAUAUGAACAGGAGGAGACCGAGUCCACCGAUGGCAGGGGGACUGAGCAGAUGAAGAAACCUAAAGGACUGGCUCCACAGAUUCGACAGAAACCAAAGAAAGAGAGCAAAAAGAAGCGAUAGACACUGCUGUGUGUGUGCGUGUGCGUGUUUCCGGUUUGUGUGAAUGCGUGUGUGAAGUCAUCAGUGAGUCAUCAUUGGCAGUUACCAAUACAAUUAUCACCACAGGUAUAUGAAACACUAAUGUCGUAUUACGACAAUACAAAAUGAUGUGCAUUUAAUUUGAUACACUUGAGAAUGACCUUUAACCAUGUGUCCUUCACAGUCAACAAACACUAUUACUAAGAGCAAAUUGGCCUGACGUUUGCUUAUUAUUCAUGCAGCUACAAAUUUUAUUGGACAAAUUGUUUUGCAUUUAUUUUAUUUUAUGAAUAUCAUUGAUUGAAUUGUGUUUGGAUUUCAACAUACGAAUAAAUUCAUGAUGUAGUCAUUCACCUCA